ACAAGCGCACAAUACAGUUCACGCACGUGCGAGAGUACACGUAUCUUGUGUUUACAUACCUUUGCAAGCACAACCUAAAUAUAAAUAUAACCUAACAAUUGAAUAACGUGUGGCUAGUGUUGUUGUAAAUAUAAUUCAUUCUUUUGCAAAUUGAUGUGUAAAUCUCUACUAUUAAAAAUUGAAUGGGAGCCAGAACAAUGAAAGUCGCGAAAAGAAUAAAACGCCGACGCGAACAAAAAGAAAGAGCUCUAUACGUUCGUCUGCCACACACGAUACGAAGUGACGAAGAUGUGGCAAAAUUAUUCACUGGUAAUUUCAAAGUAAAUCGUCUACGACAAUCUAGCCGGUACUGUUAUGUCAUAUUUUCCGAUGAAAAGGAAAAAAACCGAAAUUUAAACGCCGUAAAAAAUACAAAGAUAAAUGGGAAACGUGUGGUAGUUGCACCUACAGUAACAAAAAUUGAAAAAAAAAGGACGAUAGUACGGAAAAAAAUUGUUAUACCCAAAGUAAAAGCAGAUGUAAAAGUCACCAAGAACCUUUUUAUCUCAAACAUCAAAUGUGGAACAAAACUUCAAGAUUUAAAAGCAACUAUUCCAGGUUGCCUAUCUGUCAAAAUGUUGAAACCGUACUCACAGACUUCUAGAGCUGCAAUAGUUAGAAUGGAAAGUGGCCUGGCAGCAGCGGAAUAUUUAUUAAAUGCAAAGGCAAGGCCAGUUCUUGAUGGAAGAACGUUAAGAAUAAAUCCCGAUACUAGAACUAGACGUAGAAGACACAAGUCACAACCUCUAAAAAUUUAUGAUGGCGACACAGAAAUAUAACAAAAAAUUACUGAG